AUGCCACCAACCAACCUCCUCGCCUCCAAAACCGCCAUCAUAACUGGCGGAACAACCGGCAUAGGCCGCGCCAUAACCCUCGCCUUCCUCGCUCAAGGCUGCCACGUAGCCGUCAACCACCUCGAUCUCCCCUCUGACCGUGUCCACGUCGACUCUCUCAUAGCCAAAGCCGCCUCUCUCAAAUCCUCCCUGCCUCCCAACUCCUCCCAGCACAUAACAAUCGGCACCCUAGCCCUCUUACCAGGUGACGUCCGCGACCCUGAGACCGGAAAGAAAUUAGUCCAAUUCGCUCUCGACACUUUCAAGACAGGUCGACUGGAUAUAUGCGUGUCAAACGCGGGGAUAUGCCAAUUCGCGGAAUUCCUGGACAUGGAGCCCGACCUAUUCGCGAAUACGGUCCGCACGAACCUCGACGGGGCGUUUUAUCUAGUCCAAGCUGCGGCUAGGCAGAUGGCGCGUGGUCAACAACCACCAGGGGGCAGUAUCAUAGCAAUCUCCUCCAUCAGCGCUUUAGUAGGCGGCGCCGGGCAAACACAUUACACGCCCACCAAAGCGGGUGUUUUGAGUCUUAUGCAAAGCACGGCGUGCGCGUUGGGACGAUAUGGGAUUAGAUGUAAUGCGCUGUUGCCGGGGACUGUGGAGACGCAGUUGAAUGAAACAGACCUUAGGAGGGAAGGGGAGGAGGGCGGGACGAAGCAGACGGGGGAGAAGAGGAGGUAUAUGGAGGGACGGAUUCCGUUGGGAAGACUGGGACAGCCGAAAGAUUUGGGUGGACCGGCGGUGUUUUUGGCUAGUGAGGAGUUGAGUGGGUAUGUCACUGGUGCGCAGGUGCUGGUUGAUGGGGGUUUGUUUGUUAAUUUGCAGUGA